AUGACUAAACUGACGCUGCAAAAGCGGCCAACAAGAGGCAGAGAAACAAAAUCGACAGAAGAGCGUCGCCGUAUGAUGCAAUUGCCCCAGAUCUCAAAGGGCCGCCGGGUAAUGGCGCAUUUCGUCAUGGGAAACGAGACAAUGGCAUUGAAAAUCUCGGUGAGACUGAGGCGUAGUGAGGCGCAGCUGAGGGAGCAGGGACAAGGAGCGGCGCCCGAUCGUGAACGCGACGGCGUAGCCGGUCCGGGGAGGCAUCCGCCGGCAACGGACCCCUCGUUAUUGAUUCAACCAUUCCAAGAUAUAAAACCAUUGAACUGUCGUCGUUUGUCUGGACUGUUUGUCAACUACAAGCUCCAGCUCGCCCCCAAGAUUGCUUUUGUCGGUGCCGGCAUCAGUCCUGGUCGAGUCGUUGUUUACAGCACAGCACAGCCGAUCUGUUUGCCUAUCAACAAGGACAAGAUGGCAGCCGAAAACGACGUCUAUGUUCUUCACUAUUUCCCGUUUUCUCUGUAUUCACUCAUGGUGCGAUUUGGUCUCGUACUAGGGAGACGGCUGAAUUCAGAGACGGCGCCAAAAGUUGAAAUCAGGCUGGUGAAUCUCCACAGAGAAGAGAACUAUUCAGAGCUCUACCUCACUUCGGUGAACUCAAGAGGCCGGGUGCCAGCACUGACAGCGCCUGGGCUUGCAUCACCACUCACAGAUAGUUAUGACAUCUCUAAAUGGUUGUGUGAGAAACAACCAGAACUUAUUCCUGACUGCCAUCGCGAAAUGAUCCAGGAGAUGAUGGAAAAGCUGUACAGCUUUCAUGCCAUGACUCUGACGAUUGGGCCCGACGAAAGGAAGCACGGCAUUCUCAAUCGAGCGGCCGAGCUGCUGGAGAGGAAGGAUUUAACCGAGCGCCAUCGCAGAGCACUGGAAAUGAAGAGUGUCUUUCACGAUCUGUUCCACAACAGCAUGUUCACGCCUGCUAGCAUCGCGGAUGUUGAAGCCAAGGCUCGCGGCUUUGUGCAAGAACUUGACACAAUCCUCGAGCAGCACCGGGGGAAACUUUGGAUCUUUGGAGACAAGCCAACCAUACUGGAUGCGCAUGCUACGGCACUGAUAGCGCGGCUGAUGGACGUGAGCCGACAGGACUUGCUGACGGAGAGAGUGCAAGAGUACGCAAGGGGGAUCUUUGCGUCGGAAGAGUGGGACGAGGUUACACACGGAAGGACGACGCUUUGGAAUGUCUCGUUGGGCCACGUCGCCGACUUGAAUCCACUGUAG